CUCGCGCUUGCCGUUCCACGUCAAGGUUAAAGUUGAAACGAUCCAGCAUGGCGCUGUAAAAGCAAAACAAGCAAAGCAUAGAGGAACAAACAGAAGAACAGCUUGCUUAUUUGCCUCAAACCUUCAAGGAUUUUUCAACAUUUUGUAAAAAUAAACACUUGACGUCCAUCCGUAGAUCAUGCCGUCUGCUUGUGAGUCUCUUGUUGAUGAUAUUGAGGACAUGGUCUCCUCAAACGAGCCCACUCCUCAUGAGCGCCAAUUUGCCAGGAAAAGCAUUGUGCCUCGUGCACGAAAACUAAAGCAACAAGCUGCAGGUGAAGAGCUACAGGCAGACAGCGUUAUUCCAGGCACACAGAAGGUCUGGGUGAGGACGUGGGGCUGCUCUCACAACAACUCUGAUGGAGAAUACAUGGCGGGACAGUUAGCUGCCAGUGGCUAUAAGAUAACAGAGAAUCCAUCUGAUGCUGAUCUGUGGUUGCUGAACAGUUGCACAGUAAAGAACCCAGCAGAAGAUCACUUCAGGAACUCCAUCAAAAAGGCACAAGAGCAAGAUAAGAAGGUGGUUGUAGCAGGAUGUGUGCCACAGGCACAGCCAAGGAUGGAUUACCUCAAAAAUCUGAGCAUCAUCGGGGUUCAACAGAUUGACAGAGUGGUAGAGGUUGUGGAUGAGGCUAUAAAAGGUCAUUCUGUCCGUCUGCUGGGUCAGAAGAAGGAGAAAGGCAAGCGUCUGGGAGGGGCACGCUUGGAUUUGCCAAAGAUUAGGAAGAACCCACUGAUUGAAAUCAUUUCCAUCAAUACUGGUUGUUUAAAUGCCUGCACAUACUGCAAGACCAAGCACGCCAGAGGCGAUCUGGCCAGUUACUCUAUAGAGGAGCUCGUUGAGAGAGCCAGACAGUCCUUCCAGGAGGGUGUUUGUGAGAUCUGGUUGACCAGCGAGGACACUGGAGCGUACGGCAGAGAUAUCGGCACCGAUUUGCCAUCGCUGCUCUGGGAACUGGUGAAGGAAAUACCAGAGGGUGCAAUGCUUCGCCUGGGCAUGACCAACCCACCAUAUAUCCUGGAACAUCUGGAGGAAAUGGCAAAAAUCCUGAACCACCCACGAGUCUACGCCUUCCUCCACGUGCCCGUCCAAUCAGCGUCCGACAGCGUUCUAAUGGACAUGAGGAGAGAGUAUUGCUGUGCUGACUUUAAUCGGGUCGUAGACUUCCUAAAAGAGAAGGUUCCAGGCAUCACCAUUGCCACGGACAUCAUCUGCGGGUUCCCAGGGGAAACAGACGAGGACUUUGAACAGACGAUGGAUCUGGUGAGGCAGUACCGCUUUCCCAGCCUCUUCAUCAACCAGUUUUACCCAAGACCAGGAACUCCGGCUGCCAAAAUGGAGCAGGUUCCAGCACAAGUGAAAAAACAAAGAACCAAAGAGCUCUCUGCACUUUUCCACUCGUACAACCCUUACGACCACAAGGUUGGAGAAAGACAGCAUGUGCUGGUGACCGAAGAAUCCUUUGAUUCCCAGUAUUACGUUGCCCACAACAAGUUUUAUGAACAGGUGCUGGUGCCAAAGAAGUCCGAGUUCAAAGGGAAGAUGAUUGAGGUGGACAUCUAUGAGGCUGGGAAACACUACAUGAAGGGCCGUCCUGUGGAUGAUGCUCAGGUCUUCACGCCUUCCAUUGCUCAGCCUCUUCAGAAGGGACAGGUGUCUGGACUCUCUCAGGAGCUAAUGAUGACCCAUCAGAAUGGCCUCCACGUCCCGGUGGGUUCCUCUACGGGUCUUUCAUGGAGAUCGGAGGGUGCUGGACUUAAACUGCUUUUAUUGGGACUGGCUAUAGCUGCCAUAAUAUUGGCUUUAGUGAUUGAAAAGUUUCACUAACACCAGAAAUUCCCCUUUAAAUCUGGAUGAGGCCUUAAAGAGCGAGCAGAGCGCCAAGGACUCCACAAAGCUUGAAUGUUAAUUUUAAGAUUAAAGAUAAAUAUGUUAGUUAGGCAGUCUUUCUUUAAACUACUUGUAAAGGACUUUUAAUGCUUUUUUUAAUAGGAUUAAAACAUUUUUUGAGUGAUCGUGACAUUUA